CCUUGUGUAUCACACUGAGCGCUCAGCCUGGCUGGGACAGGUUUUGAAGCCCUCAGAGCCCCUUUUAUUCGCAGCCCCCUUUCGCCCUUUGCACCAUGAAUUCCAUCCAGGCUCUGAUUUCAGAUGAGGCUUUGGGUGCGUCACCGCUCUCUGCACCCUCCUCCACCAGCUCUUUGCCCGAGGCCAGCUUUGGGGGCACGGACCUGGGCAGGAGCUGUGGCAGCCACCACACAGGGAUGCGUGGCAGGAUGAGGGAUGCGCAGCAGGAUGCGGGAGCGAGCGCGGGGUGCGCGCUGCCUCCCUCCCGUCGCCAGGGCAACCAGGCUCCAUCGCCUCCCACCCGUGGGGGACCCCCGCAGCCCCCGCUCGGUGCAGGGGGCGCGAGGCCCUCCCUGCCGCGGUGUUGGACUGCAGCAUCCCCGCCUCCGCAGCAGGCUGGGGACGGCGGCAGGCAGGAGCGCAAUUCCCUCGGCCACAGCCGGAGCAAGAGGAACGCCACGAACCUGAAAGAGAAGGGAGAAGGGUUCGGAUUCUGACGGUCAUCUGACCCAGGUCAAGCAGGACUUUACCUCGCCAGCAGCCCCUGGAGCUCCUCACCGGUGCAGCUCACAGCGCCCGCCGCUGCCCCUCAGCAGGGGCCUGGGGGGGUCUUUCAAUCCCUGGAGGAUUGAGAGGCUGGCACCCAUCCCGCUGGUGUCCCCCCCCCCCAUGGGCCACCCCCCAGCAUGAGUGUCGACGCUGAGCAGCUUCCCCUCUGGGACGCCUCUGAGGUGCCCCCCAACACCAGCACGGCCUCGGCAGAGGCUGGCCGGCUGCAGGGGCCGUCGGCAUGGGGCGGCAGGGCAGGCGAGAUCGCCGGCAUGGUGGUGAUCCAAUGCAUCUAUGCCCUGGUGUGCCUGCUGGGGCUGCUGGGCAACUCGCUGGUGAUCUUCGUCAUCCUGCGCUAUGCCAAGAUGAAGACGGCUACCAACAUCUACCUGCUCAACCUGGCCAUUGCUGACGAGCUCUUCAUGCUCAGCAUCCCCUUCGUGGCCACCUCAGCCGCCCUGCACCACUGGCCCUUCGGCCGGGCGCUGUGCCGCACUGUGCUGGGUGUGGACGGGCUCAACAUGUUCACCAGUGUCUUCUGCCUGACGGUGCUCAGCCUGGACCGUUACAUCGCCGUGGUGCACCCGCUGCGAGCAGCCACCUACCGCCGCCCACGGGUGGCCAAGAUGGUCAACGGGGGUGUGUGGCUGCUCUCCUUGCUGGUGGCCUCGCCCAUCCCCAUCUUCGCUGGCACGGCGACCACCCGUGACGGCCAGGCAGUGGCCUGCAAUCUCCUGUGGCCGAGCCCGGCCUGGUCAGCCGCUUUCGUGGUCUACACCACCCUACUGGGCUUCCUGCUGCCGGUGCUGGCCAUGGGGCUGUGCUACCUGCUGAUCGUGGGCAAGAUGCGGGCGGUAGCGCAGCGGGUGGGCUGGCAGCAGCGGCGACGCUCCGAGGGCAAGCUGACGCGCCUGGUGCUGAUGGUGGUGGCCAUGUUUGUGGUCUGCUGGAUGCCCUUCUAUGUGGUGCAGCUGGUGAACCUGCUGCUGCCCGGCCGCCUGGAUGCCACGGUCAACAACGCCUCCCUCAUCCUCAGCUACUCCAACAGCUGCGCCAACCCCAUCCUCUACGGCUUCCUCUCCGAAAACUUCCGGCACUCCUUCCACGGCGUGCUGCGCCGCUGUCUCGAUGCCAGCCUCUGCUGCUGCCAUGCCGAGGCGGGGGCCACCGAGGAGGAGGAGGAGGAAGAAGAGCCCCUUGACUACUGCGCCGUGCCCCGGGGUGAUGACAAGGGCAAGGGCUGCAUGUGCCCGCCGCUGCCCUGCCAGCAGGAGCCCGCACACCCCGAGCCCUGCUGCAAGCCCGGCACCCUCCUGGCCAAGACCACCACCUUCUAGGGUGCGCAAGGGCCACUGGAAAUGCUGCAUCCGAACUCUGCGAUGGGGGACAACGCUUUGAGUUCUCCCACUGGUCUAGGGAGAAGACAUGGCCCUCUGUGAAACAGAGGAGAGACCCCAAGCUCUUCCCAUCCCCCGGCAGGCAGUGGGGACAGCCGCAUGGCGAGGAUGUACACAGCCAGGCCGCCUCCCCUUCGGGAAAAGCAGGGGGCUGCUCUGCAGAAGGACUUUGCUGAUGACUUUGCUCCCACCCCUGCUUUUCAAGGCACUGGGCUGGGACGUCCCCCCGGUGCUCUGCGCUCUCCAGUCGUGCUGUGCAGCCCAAUGAAAUAAAAAGCCAUAACACUGGCCCGUCAUACAGCUAACAGCCUCGGCUGAGUCAUCAUUGCCAUCGCCCUCGCCACCAAGGAGCCUCCGCUGUGGCCCCUUGACACCAGGCGAGUAAUCGGGCUAAUUGCCAGGUCCUGCCUCGGGGGGGCUGCGGUAGGGCAGAGUUAGGCAUGAUCCCUGUGCCCAGGCUGCAGGGACAUUUGGUGCCCAUGGGGGACACAAGGCUGCUGUCACGGCAAGGAUGCGCCCGUCCCAUAUGCCUGGGCUCACCGUUGCCACAGGGGACCAAGCUGGCGAGCUGCUGCAUUCCUCACGGGGCAGAAAGUGGGCUCGAGGAUCGGAGGUCAUGGCAAGAAGAGCCACCUGCCAAAUAUAACAGCAGCUUCAGCAGAAGCUUUAGCAGGUGCCAAGGAGCCCUGAGCUUCCCUUCAUAACGAUAAACUUCAGGUCCCAUAAACAGAAAAUCUUCCCCCCCUAAAAAUUCCCCAGGAAAAGGACUUUGUUAAUGCAGGACCUAAAUAGCAUUUUCUACAAGAAAGCCUGGGAGACCCAAGCCCUGCUUGCUCUGUUUCCUGCAGACAAGCAUUGCCCUCAAGGGCAUCUUGAGCACAUAGCCAUAGGAACUGAAGACCAGCGCUGGAGCUGCACCAACUGCGCUGCACCGAGGUAGCAUUAAAUUAGCCAUUUCCAGCUUAUUUGUUUUUAA